AGUCACAGAUCAGCUGAAACACGGAGAUAAACAUGAAGAGCCUCACACUCCUGAUCUUCUGCUGCGUGAUAGCUGCAUGUCUGAGUGCAGGUGUGUUUGUGAUAAGAGAUGUGGCCUCAACAGUUGUGAGAGAGAAGAGAGCAGGAACAGCAUCUGCAGACCUGACUGUGGCUCAGCUGGAGAGUCUGAGGGAAGUGUGUGAAGCAAACCUGGCCUGUGAGCACAUGAUGGACGUGUCCGGCAUCAUCGCGGCCUACACUGCGUACUACGGGCCCAUUCCCUACUAGAGCCAGAGCAGCAUCUCUUGUUAAAAUGCAUUAUGAGCAUCUGUCAAAAAUGAUAAAAAAAUUAAAACCUAAGCAGAGGAAUUGCUGAAGCCAUAUCCGAUAAUAAUAAAGAAAGAAAUCAAAUACUGUAGAGUCGUCUGGAGUUUUUACUACAUCUGAUCAAACCAUAUCUGAUUAUUAUGUGUUUGUCAAAAGUCACGAUUAUCACUUUAUACAAAACACAUUUCACAUGUGCAUUUUCAUUCAUUCAUAAGC